AUGAACAAAUUCUGGGACAUUGAAGAACCUGAGGCGGCUCCAGAUGAGUUCACUGAUGAAGGAAAGUGUGAGUCCAUAUUCAGGAAUGAAUGUGUGCGGCUACCAUCUGGCCGUUUUUCCGUUCCUCUACCGUUUCGAGUCCCUGUUUUGCCAACAACAUUUGCUGGUUCUCGUUCAAUGGCAGUCAAGCGUUUUGAGUCAUUGGAGAAAAAGCUAUUGUCUAAUCCACAGCUGCAGACAUUAUAUACAAAUUUCAUGGACGACUAUUUUGCGUUAGAUCAUAUGUCAGUCGCGCCCACACCCGGUCAUUAUUUUAUCCCUCAUCAUGCAAUUUACAAGGCAUAUGAUGGUGACGCAAAGAUCCGUGUAGUGUUUGACGCGUCUGCGCGAUGUUCAGCCGGACCGUCAUUGAACAGUUGUCUGCUUCCAGGGAAGACGCUACAACAGGACAUAAUUGAUGUCCUAACGCGAUUUGGCAUUUACCCACAUGCGUUCACGGCGGACAUCUGCAAGAUGUACCGUCAAAUCCAGGUGCUACCAGAGUACCGCAAGUACCAGCACAUUCUGUGGCGAUCAUCUCCACAUGACCAGCUUGUCGAGUACCAGUUAAAUACCGUCACGUAUGGAGUGACGUGUGCACCGUUCCUGGCCAUACGCGUGCUACAGUCAAUUGCUGAAAAUGAUUGCGCCGACGCCGAUCAUGUCCGUGAUGCCUUACUGUACCAGACAUACGUCGACGACAUCUGCGUAGGAGCGGAUUCAGUUGAUGGUGCUUUGGAGUUCCAAUCGUCUUUACAGCGUAUUCUCGCAAAAUCUGGGCUUGAACUUAAAAAAUGGUCCAGCAACACUCAUGACAUUUUGUCGUCUGUGCCGGUAGCUGAUCGGGUAAGCACGCUGUUACCAUUCCACGAUUCCGAAAACGGAGGAACAAAGGUACUUGGAUUGCAAUGGAACCCCAACGAUGACUUUUUCAGCUGUGCGUUGCGCUUUCAACCAUCUCCAAUAUUCACUAAACGGGGCGUGCUGUCAAUGGUUUAUAUUCGACCCGUUGGGGUUAUUCGGCCCUACAAUUUUUUGGGCAAAAUGCAUCAUGCAACGGACUUGGCAACUAGGGUUGGCAUGGGAUGA